AGCAAGAAGCUGCAGCACCCAGCGGAAGGAGGAAGCAGACACACUGUAGCUGAACUCCCCAGAGGGACGCACAUCGCCAGGCCAGCAUUACUUUGACCGAGAUGUUGGGGCCACUGGGAAAGCGGACCCUCUCCGCGCUCCUGCUGAUUAUCUCCUUUCAGGGGAAGGUCGAAACAAGUUAUUCAGUUGCAACUCCGGCACCAGUACUUCAUGCCAAUGGAGAUAAAUUACCUUUCGAGGAGCUGUUUCUUCUUUUAGGACAAAAUAACAUUGAAAAGUUGAACAUAACAAUGGCCACAAAGAUUAGGCUGACCUGCAAUUUGACAGUUCAAGCUGCACAGAAAUCUCCAACAACUGGCCAUUGGAAAAAAGAUGGCAAUGAGAUCAAUAAAAAGGAAAUUGAGUCCGACCAGAAAGCUUUUUCGAUAUCUCAUGAGUUUGAUUUUUGGAAUGAAAGUGAUGCUGGGAACUAUUCUUGUAUCUUUGACACAGACCCCAACUCGGAAGGCAGGUUUGAAGUACAAAUUCCCCCUAUCUGGACCAAAACAGAACGUGUGGCUUUGUCAAAGCACAAUCCAGUUAAUUUAACUUGUGAAAGUGGUCAAUAUACUCCACUCAGAUGGAUUUGGAGGAAGGGCAUCCAGGACGGCACACAGAAGCUGAUGAAUGAGACAGAUGGAUAUGAUAUCCACAGUAAUGGCAAUAAAUCAAUACUUGCAAUAAAAAAUGUCAUGGUGGAUAAUUCUACGUACUACCACUGUGAAGCUGUCUACACCGUGGGGGUCAGUACAUUGAAGAUCUACCUGAAGGUUCACGACCUCACUGCUGCACUUAUCCCAUUUCUGUGUAUCGUUGCUGAGGUUAUUGUGUUAGUUAUCGUCAUACUUGCUUGUGAAAGAAGGAUGAAGAAGAAGGAAGAAGAACCUGCUGAAGAUAAAAACCCUUCAAGCAACCACACCAUGGAAGAGCUGCUUGAAUCCACCGGAAAUGGAGCCCGGCAUAGAAAGACUUAACAUAUUUCCUUGCAAAAAAUAUGAACGCCCGGAAGUGUGGGAGCAUCUUUAUUUUGCUAUGCAUCAUUAUGGCUCAAAAGAAGCAUCAAUAUGUUUGAGGAAUAUUUGUGUUGCAUUCUCUUCAUCCCUAUUAGAAAGAGAAUUCCUUUGCCAAGUUAAACCUCGUAUCCAUAUAAGUCUUAUGAAUCCAUUCAUAAGAACUGUAAUGAUACAAUUCUUAAACAUCCUCUCUACCUACUGUAUGAUAAUUGUUUAGUUUAAUUUGAAGCUGCCAGGUGUCUGAAAGAAUGACAGUGAAUGUAUUAGAUGGAAGUCAAAUGAAAGCAUAUCAAAAACCUUGAUGUGGAAGUAGCAAUACUGCAGUUCACAUCACCAAUACAUUGGACUGUUGUUUUAAAACCAGGAGUUGCUGGAAGUACACAACAGAUCAGACAGGAUCUAUUGUAAGACACAUUAAUACUUCAGGUCAAUAAUUGCCAAUGAAUAUUAAUCAACUUGAAACAUUAUCCCUUUCCACAGACAUUGCAUGACCUCAGCGAUAUUUCCAGCAUUGUAUUUUGCUUUGUAUUUGAUCAGUGCAAAUUUUUGGCUAUAAAUCGUUCAAGUAAUCUUGCGUUUGUUGGCCAAAAAUCAGUAAUGGUCUGUAAUGCUAACCCAACGUUUGAAUACUGAAUAGGGGUCGGUCCCUAAGUGUGAUUGUUCUGGAACAGAAGGACAAGCAAAGGAAAAACAUUAUCUGUGCUUCUGCUGGUAUUGAUCCGGGAUUGUUACCAGAAGUGACCCUAACUUUUAGCUAGCCUAGAUAACCAUUUGUUCAUGAGCCUUGCUCAUGCAGAAUCAAAUUAACUUUAACAAGUAUUAUAAAAGCAAUAUCUGAUAUUUCUUCAUAGGUUUACUGUUUUUCUCAAGCUAGAUUAAUCAUUCAUUUUAUCUUAAGCCAUAAUUUAACUGUCCAGAAACAUCAGAGACAUCAUGAGCUACUUAAUCUUUGUGGUGCUUUUAGAUCUACCUUAAGGCUUACAAAAUAAUCCCUUGGCUGCAGUUCCCUUAGAUGGUUACCAUAUAGUAUAUUCUCUAUAAUACUUGGGUUCUCCUCCAUAAUCGUAUCCAGGAUGUUCCUCUACAAUCUUAUAACCAAACCAUGCAGCACCUCAAUCUUGUCAUACCUUUUUUUUUAAACUGUAAUUUUAUCCUUUGAUUUUGUUGAUACCCAUUGAUACUGCAAGCAAAUAUUGUUCACUCAGUACUGGGUUACGACAGCCUUUAUCGCUAGGUAAUUACUAGGUCUUGUGUUCAAUAAUGAACACAUGACUGGCUUCCAGUAAUGACAAUGUUGCCAUGCCUCUUAGCAACAAAGAGGCAACUCUAUUUCCUUACUAGCCCAUGGUGUCCUCUAAUAAAUAUUUAAGUUUCAAUUUCUGCAAAUAAUUGCUGGAUUCCUUAAUAAACAGUGGAUAUCAUAUCUUACCAAAGAACACAUUUUUGAAUAAAUAUGAUUGUUGUAUUUGUUGCAUUUUUCAAUAACUAUGAGGGUUAUUUUACUUUUGAAUAUCUAUUAUUCUCUCUAAGAAUCAACUAGUCCAGAUUAAAUCUGGGGGGGGGGGGGGGUGCGGGGGAGGAGAUAUUCUGGUUUUCAAACAAAAGCUAAGGGUUGAAUUUGUGAUAUUUUUCAGCUGCUCUGUAAAAUGUUCCUACUGAUCGAAAGUUUAAAACAAAAUCCCUAACCAGGGUGCUGUUCUGAAGAGUUCACAUGGGUUCAAUAAGGUGGAGGCCAAUCUUUUCAAUAAGUACAUUUAAUGUUAGAGAAAUGUAUAUAAUAUACAUCGUGAAAUUCCUUUUCUUCGCAGAAAUCCACAAAAACACAGAAGUGCCCCAAGGAAUGAAUGACAGUUAGAACCCCAAAGCCCCCCACAACUCCCCCUCCCAUGCACAAACGGCAGCAAGGCAGCGACCCUACCCCACCUGUAAAAAAAAAAGCAUCAGCACCCUCCACCGAGCACACAAGUGUGCAGCAAAGCAUCAAUAAAGACACGGACUUGCAGUACUCCAAAAACUACUCGUUCACCCAGUAAUUCAACAUACCGUAGGAUCUCUCUCCCUAAUAAGGGAAAAAGAGGUGUCCUGUUUCAAAGCGAGAUGGGGGACGUAACAAACAACUCACUGAUUUACAAUAUUAAAGAUUUGUUGUGUCACUUCUUCCGAGACCUGCAGCCAGAGAGUCGAGACCAAAAAGGUGCAGCUCGCUGGCCAAACAACUGUUCUUGACCAUUUUGAUUGCAAAACCUUUAUAUUAGAGCAGGGCUUCCCAACCUGAGGUUCAUGGACCCCUUGCUUAAUGGCAUUGGUUCAUGGCACAAAAUAGGUCAUGAGCCCCUGUGUUAUUGGGACUCAUGCCGAGAAACUGAAUUUCUCCAAACGUGCUAGGCAUAGCCCUAGAACCAUCCAGGGUUCUCAAACAAUAUGGUGAAGUGGACCAAAACUGCAUUAUACUGAUUUGAACUCAGAUUCAUCUUCCACAGCAAGGCCUGAGUGAUUCUGACUCAAUCAAACUUAAUUUCUAAUCAUACUUCCUAUGUCAACCACAUCAGUGGCAAUGAAUUCCAUAGGCUCAACUGGUUGAAGGAAUUGCUCAUCUCUGUUCUAAUGGAAUGUCCUUUAAAUCUGAGGCUAUGCCUCCAAGCCUAGACUUUUUCACUAUAAGGAAACAUCCUCUCCAUGUCCAUUCCAUCUAGGUCUUUUAAUAUUUUAUAGGUUUCAUGUGAUCCAUCCUCAUUCUUCUAAACUCCAGUGAGUACAGGCUCAGAGCCAUCAAAAGCUCCUCAUACAUUAACCCUUUCAUUCCUAGAAUCAUUCUCACGAAACUUCUCUGAACCCUCUCCAAUGCCAGCUCAUUUUAUCUUAGAUAAGGGCCCAAAACCACUCUCAAUACUUUGGCUUUUGUUUGAAAAGCAGAUCUUUAAGAUUUAAUUUUGACCACUUGAUUCUGUAAGAAAAUUAGUUUUUCAAAAGCUGAAUUGCCUUACAUUUAUUGAAGGGUACCACUAUUAUUUUUUAUUGUAGAAAGAUGUUUGCUUAGUCGGGUAUCAUAGAAAACCAACACAAUACAGGCCCUUCAGCCCAGAAAGCUGUGCCGAACAUGAAGUUACCUAAGAAAUCAUCCCUGUUGUUUAUUUAGGAAAAGGCAUUAUUAAGGUGCCACAUAUCUGUUUCUGUGAAUGAUAUGAUUGUACAUUAUUAAGAAAGAGUAAUAUAUUGCAUGAAGGGAGAAUUAGCUAAUAAAGUACAACAAAUCAGAAUAAGGGAACAAAUUUGCACUGGUAAUCAGUGACUCUUUGGGUUAGAAAGGGAGAAAUAAUGUGUUGUGCCACUCAAGACAUUAGAUGUAGGACUAAUGUUGGAAGUCCAAAAGGAGCACUGAUGAAAAUAGCUUGUGGAGGUACAUUGUCUGUAUUUUGUUCGAUGCAGUUUCACCUGAUCCUAAUGCUUCACAUAAAUGGUGAAUGUCAAUAGGCUAAUUGCAUUUGUGGUUUAGAGAAGAAAAUAAUUAUGUGUUUUUAUUUGACCACAUUAGUAAAAAACAGAAUAAUACUGUAAAUGCUGUAACUCCAAAAUAAAUUAAAGAAGAUAUUCAGUAGGCCAGACUGGAUCAUACUCUAUCUGGCCCAUUUCUGAAUUUAAUACAUUUUGUAUUCCUCUAAUAGUAUGCUUUCUGCCUGUAGGAUUGUCAUAGAAUCUUGUAACUGUAGUAAUCCCAAAGGUGGAACAGUCUGGGAACAGAAUGCCUCCUCCCUCCAGACUGCACUCUACUGUUCAUUACUUUGAAAUGCUUUUGCAACUCUUUUGAUCAGGAAUGUUUUUUAAUUAUUUAGAUACUUUUCAAAAAUAGUAUUUUUGAAAGGGGCAUUUUGGGCUGAGAGCCUAAGUUCUGUUUAAGAGUCUCCGCCCAAAACUUUGGCUAUUCCCUUCCAUGGGUACUACCUAACUUGCUGAGUUCCUCCAGCAUCUUGUGUGUGCUGCUCUGGCAUAAAGCUGAGGGACCAGAUGACUAUAUUGAAAGAUUGAGAAGUGGGAUGUUCUCCAACUUGUCACUGAAUUCUACCUUACAACUUGGAGACAAGCUGGCCUGCACAGUGGACUACGGGUCUUCCUGUAGAACGUACAACUCUUGUAGGUCAGUAACAUGUCAGGGCCUAAGUAAAGUUGACCAAGGAGAAUGGAACAAGCGCUGUGGUUGUUUGAACUUCACUGAUCCCCACAAAAAGUGGGCAGAUCUUCUGUCUACUGAGAUAGCUGUCUGCCUACCCUUAAGCCAUUUCUCCCGUACAUUUUAAUGAGGCCUGCUGUACCUGCCAGAGAAUUGGAAAUCUGUGAAGAUUGGCACAGGGAAAAUAGACCAGCUACGGGCUUGUUUACUGGAAUCUCAGUGUGGAUCAUGGUGGAAUUCUGCUCCCACUAGUCAUAUAAUGUAAGUGAGUUUUACUGCUGCUUGUGACGUCUGCAUAAAAAAUAUGAAGUUAUAAUAAUAGCAACAAAAUAAGCUCUGACCACAUUCUGCUGUGAACAGAAUAUCCAGUUUUGUUUAAUAGAUGAAACUGAAAAAGUUAUGACACUGUAACUGGUGAAAUCUGUGUGCCUUGGUAAACUGUUUAAUUUUUGAACAAUUUUUGCUGCGUAUGCUGAAUAUUGCAAAUAAAAGUAUUAUUUUAACAACUGCC